AUGAAAAUACUCGCGAAUGGUGCUACGUGGCAGCUUCGAGAGUCGCUGAUUACCUCGAAAAGUGGAAUUAUGAGAUUUGCAGUCAAAACAGUUCUCUCAAUAUGCAUAUGCCUUCUCAUCUUCCGUACCGCCGAUUCGGAUUCUACCACCGGCGCCGUCGUCGUCGGAACGAUCAAAACUGAAGAAGUGGUGGCGGUGAAUAAGACUGACGUGUUGGGCGAAACCAUCGACGCGAACGCGACAAGUCUCGAGCAACACGGUGCGGCGAUCGUUGGAAAUGUGUCGGAAGAGAAGAAGCGAUCGCUGGCGAUAUUCUUCAUUCUAUUCGUGAUAAUGCUAGCUACACUCGUUGUCCAUAUGCUAAUAGUGUCGAAAAUCCAUUGGAUGCCAGAAUCGCUGGCAAUUGUUGCUCUCGGAGCACUGAUUGGAUCGAUAUUAUCAUAUUCGCAGCGGGAUUGGAGUGAAAUUGAAGCGUUGAGUCCUGACGUCUUCUUUCUAGUCCUUCUACCACCGAUUAUCUUUGAGAAUGCGUAUAAUUUGAAUAAGGGAUACUUCUUCUCGAAUUUUGUGCCAAUUUUGACAUUUGCGAUUCUUGGGACCACCAUCUCGGCGAUGAUCAUUGGAGCGGGAUUGUAUAUUUUGGGAGUGGUAGGUAUUGGCCUAAUCUUCGAAUUCACCUUCUUCGAGUGCUUCGCAUUUGCCGCAAUGAUAUCGGCUGUGGAUCCGGUUGCCACGUUGGCAAUAUUUCAGGCAGUAAAAGUAGAAUCACUACUGUAUAUGCUAGUAUUCGGAGAAUCGAUGCUCAACGACGCCGUAUCGAUUGUUCUGGCGGCGACAGCGCUUCGCCACGCGAAACCGUCGUUCAACAAGCUUCCAGCAUCGGAAAUUAUCACUAGCGCUUUUGUCACUUUCACUGAAAUGUUCUUCUUUUCGGCAUGUCUCGGAAUUGGUAUCGGAUUGUUGAGUGCAUUGCUCUUCAAACACGUGGAUCUUCGAAAGACACCGUCGCUGGAGUUCGCCCUUCUCCUAAUCUUCUCCUAUAUCCCGUAUGGAUUCGCAGAGGCUCUAGAUCUUUCUGGAAUCAUGGCAAUUCUAUUCUGUGGUAUCUCUAUGUCCCAAUACACUCGACACAACGUCAGUCCGAUAGCUCAAAUCACAUUUCGACACACAUUCCGGACCAUUUCAUUCGUCGCCGAGACCUCCACUUUUGCCUAUAUUGGAAUGGCAUUUUUCACGAUAAAAUUGAAUUUCGCGCCUUGGUUAAUAUUCUGGAGUGUCUUGUUAUGUCUAUUGGGGCGGGCUUGCAAUGUAUUCCCACUUGCCUAUCUGGUCAAUCAGUGUCGAAAAGAUGUGCAGAUUUCGAUGAAGAAUCAGAUUAUCAUGUGGUUUAGUGGAAUGCGCGGUGCGGUCUGUUUCGCACUGGUUCUCUACAUGGACCUGGAUAAGGAGAAAAAAUCGAUACUCCUGACUACCGUACUCUUUUUGAUACUGUUCACAACGAUAUUCCUGGGCGGUUCGGCGCUUCCGUUUAUCUCAUUUAUCAAUCGAUGUUAUCCGAAUGAAAGACAACGCAAAAGGAGGAGAACGCAGAGAAGCAAAGAGGCGAAUUCGAAGAAUUCGUCGGCGUUGAUGAUGAGUAAAACUCAGGAAAUGUCCUUCUUCGGCGACGAUGAUUGGGGACCGAAGAAGUCGGCGUUGGAUGCCACGUCAUCAGCGGGUCGUCUGAUGCGAUCCCUAUUUGUUCGAAAAUUCACGGCGAUCGAGCGACUAGAAAAUCGAGACAAACUGGCGGCACUUACGAAACGAGCGCUGGCAAGUGAUCAGAUGACUGAUAGUGAUGACGUGGAAUUCGGAGCGACGUCUUCUAGAAAAGACGAAUUGACACGUGGCAGAAGUGCGUCGCGGAACAGCAGUGACGUCAUUAUCAGUGGAGGGGGCGGAGUCAGUGGAGAGCAACACUUGUUGAUUAGUUCGGAUAGUGAUUCUAAUGAAUUGUGA